UAGGUUAGAAACUGAAAUAUGGCGUUAUCGGUGCCUUGUGGAUGAGCUAUUUGAAAUCAAAAUAUAAUUUAGCCGCCUUUCCACUAUUUUCCUCAUUUCCAUUAAUAGUGACCGAUUAAAUCAAACAAAUUUUGUAUAUUCUACAAAUAUUAUUAUUUAUUACAAGCGGAAUUAUGUCCAAAUUUCACGUACAAGACAGUUCAGUCAUCGAGCGAAGACUUCGUCCAAUUUAUGAAUGGCUCGACAGUGGAAAUAACAAAAAAGCCCUGCAUGAAUGUGAUAAAGUAUUGAAGAAGUCCCCAAAUUUAUCAUGCGCUAAAGCUUUGAAAGCUUUAACAUUACUCCGCAUUGGAAAGGAAAAUGAUUCAAUAGCAGUUUUAGAUCACCUGAUACCUGAAUGCCCCACAGAUGAAGCCACUCUACAAGCUAUGACUUUAUGCUUUCGUGAAUUACAACAAGUGGAAAGGAUUUGUAAAAUUUAUGAAGCAGCAAUAAGGCAGGAUCCUUAUAAUGAAGAAUUACAUACACAUCUUUUUAUGUCGUAUGUUAGAAUUUCUGAUUUCAAAUCUCAACAGAGGGCGGCUAUGACUCUCUAUAAGUUUAAACCAAAAAAUCCUUAUUAUUGUUGGGCCGUUAUGAGCAUCCUUUUGCAAGCUACAAGAGGGGAAGAUAAAAAUGAUCCGAAAAAAAAAACUCUUCUAUUGAGUCUGGCAGAAAGAAUGAUGGAUAAGCUAAUAACAGAGAAUAAGAUGGAUGCAGAUCAACAAGUUCAGUUGUACAUCAUGAUAUUAGAGCAACAACAAAAGUACAAAGAGAUAUUAGAAGUUAUAGAUGGGCCACUUGGCAAGAAAUUAUCUUGUACAGAUAUUCCCCUAACUAAGAUACCCUAUCUUAUCAAUCUCAAAAAAUGGAGUGAUGUUAAUCUAGUCUGUAAAAAAAUUCUUACAGAAAGUGUAGAUAAAUGGAAUGUUUGGAAGUACUAUGUAAAUUCAGUGCUUGAAUUGAUGAAUCAAAACAAAUUAAUCAAUAACACGGACAAUCACAAAUUCAAGGAAGAUAACUCGGAUACAAUUGAUGAUAUGCCUGAAAAGGCACAUGAAUUCAUUUGUGGGCUUGUUGAAAAUGGUUCUGAUAAUGCGUUCUUACUCAGAGGUCCAUAUUUGGCCAGAUUUGAAUUGUGCUCAAAACUCAUGGAAAAAGGAGUAGAUACUUCGGAAUUGCUUGGGGAUAUUAUAGAGCUUUUUGUGGAGUAUUUCAGAAAGUUUGGACACAAACCAUGUUGUGUCACUGAUCUCAGGUCAUAUUUAAAAUUGUUAGAUGAUGAUAAAAAAUCGGAUUUAAGCACUAGGCUGCUUAAGGAUGUUGGUAUUAGUGCUACAAAUAUUCCAAAAUCGGAACAACAAAUGCAAAGGCAUAUAUGUGCACUUCAGUUGUCAAGGCUCUGUGGUAGCCAUAGAAAUUUGCCUUAUAUCCACCUUAAGGCCUUAGUUACAGCAUUUUCCCUACAUUAUCAACAUGGUUACCAGUCUUAUGGGACUCAGUUAUUACCUACCGACUUGGGGCCUUCAGAUCCAUACGCUUUACUUGCUGCUCAUGUAAUGUACGAUUUAGCACAGAUGCAGAAAAGUGCAGAGCCUAUAAUUGUUGCUUUAGUCCUUUUGGAAUGGUUGCUCAAGAAUAGUCCCAGUAAUUUCCAUGCUAAAUUGCUGUGUGCUAGACUGUAUCAUACUGUUGGUGGUGGUCUUGGAGCUCAAAAUAUGUAUGAUAGCCUUGAAAUAAAACAUUUACAAUUAGAUUCUCUAGGAUAUAUUCAUUGCGCUAGAUUACCAACUACUGGCCUCAUAGGUAUAGCAACAUCACAUUAUGAUACAACGUUAAAAUUUUUCUCUUCUAACUAUAAAGAUAGUGCCGAUCAUUUAACCUCAUCUUACAAGUUUGGUUCUUUCGCAAAAUUGGAAGACUUCAUGGAUUUCAGGGAAAGACUGAAUAAUAGUCUCCACAUCGCUACUGUAACAAUCGAUAAGAUCAUGUUGUCUUUCAUGUGUUGCUUGGACCUAGAAGCUUUAGGCUGCAAUCUACCCAAAAAUAUCAACGUUAAAUGGGAUUUGUUGAGGAAUAAUAGUGAUCUCAAUGUAUAUUCUAAUUGGGAUCCUGAACGUAUAGAGGGGCCACCUGAAGAAUCUGAGGAAAUCAAAACUCUAUUUGCACAGGAUGUCGAUUUUUUGAAGCUCCGUGUUCAGAUGGUUUAUGCUGUUGCUGCAGCUUUGGAAAUUGCCAAAGCUACCACUGGUAUUCAGGAAGCUCAGCUGGAUAAAUUAGAGAAAAUAGUGCAAGAAUGGGAAGACUUCGAGAAAUGUGUUAAGAAAAAAGAUUAUAAGCCUAUCAGUAAGGAUCGUAUUACUCUCCCGUUACCUUCUAGAAUUCACUGCGCUCUGAUAUGUCCUUAUUGGACAAUAUUGGGUAAUUUAUUCAAAUUCCUUGUAGCUGUUGUGAAGCAAGAAAAGGAAAUAUAUGAUGAAUUGCUUACCAUUAUAAAGACUGAACUAAAUAUAUUAAUAGAAAAUGUAGAUUCUAUGAUAAAGAAAACUGUAGACUUUUUGCAGUUGAGAAGUACCAUGGAGUUUGUUGUAAAUAAUGUUGAAAUUGUGUGUAUCGCCUGCAUCAUAUAUGAUAUGUGUAAUGAUUUAGUCAAGCCAAGACAAAGUAAGAAAGGCAAAAGGCAUAUUGUGGAAACUAAGGAGAGGGAAGCAGUCCUAGAUCUAGCAGAAGCUUUAAAAACAACAACAAAGAAUUUAGACUCCAUUCUUCACCUUUGGUCAACAGUGUCAACUCAAACUGAUAUUGUGUCAGAAUUGGAAAGUUUAAAUCUGAACAAUUGUGGCAGCAAUGAGGUGUUUCAAACUAUCUUAGGUAGUCAUAUACAAGCAGUGACGGAAUUAAGGCUCAUAAUAAAAACUAAAUCGGGUUUAAUAAUUUUGUAUGGAGAGGAAUGAUAAUGAAUAUAAUGUUUUUAAUUUGGACUCUGUACUAUUAUUCAAAUAUACCAUGGUUUUUAUUGACA